AUGAGCCCCCCCGGCAGGGCCAAAGGUGGAGGCGGCGCCAGCGACGGCGGCGGUGGCAGCAGCAAGAGGCCGGCAGAAACACCGCCGAGCCCGGCCCUCAGCGCUACCUCGUCAUCGGGGCGUGUGUCUCCCAUCAAGCGGAAGAGGAAGCCAUCGAUCACGGAGGAGAGCCUGAAAGUGCCGGAUCUGAGCAACGACCAAGUGGGGUAUCUCAACCUCACUACUCACUCCGCCAACUUCCUCGCUGAUCCCAUCGACCUCAAGUGGGGCGAAGAAGACCCGGAGCAGAGGGGCCCCGUGAUGGCGACCACCCGACACCCCACACAGAGAAACGCCAUCGGCGCGCAUAGCGGCAGCUACUGCGUCUACAGGGCCUUGGCCGUGGCGGCUGGCAAGCUGAACACGAACUACAUGCCCAAGCUGGGAUCCACUCGACCGGUGUGCGAGAUCGGACCCUUCGCAUCGUGGUCGGACCCUUCCAAGAUCGGCACCAUGGAUCCGAAGGGGCACCUGGUGACCGAUGUGUUCGACCCUUGGCUUCGAAAGGGCUACGACGUUCGCCCAACGAUCGCGGUGACGAAGGCGCACAUCGACCUACCUGAAGUCCGCGAGGCGGUGAGGCUCGGACGGCUCGUUCCAGACGGGAAGGUGCUCAGCAAGGAAGGGCAGAGCUUCAUCACCAAGUGCGCGGUUGAACCGGUGUGGCAUCUGCCGGAGAUCGCCAGGCGGUUCGGAGUCAACGAAGCCCAGCUUCGGGAGACCCUCUUCAAGGAGACCAACAUGAUGUACCCGGAGCUUGUCACUCGUGAGGACCUUAAGGUUGCGGGCAUCCAAGACACGCGGUUCCAGUCCAUGAUGCCUGACCCUCUUCACUGGCUUGGGGUGACGAAGAUCCACCGUUUCAUCUCCAUGAGCGACAUGAAGUACGACGCCAUCGUCUCCACGGGCAUCAAGAUUGUGGAGCGGGUGGAGAUCCCGCCGGAGCUUGUGCCCAAGGAUGCGCAGGUUAACGAGGAGACUCUCAAGUCUACCAAGGGCAGAGAAUACGACUACGCCGACGGGGAGGACGGGGGAGAGCCCGGCGGGGGCGGUGAAAACGGCGAUGAGAAGCCAACGGCAGAAGGAUAACGUAGACCGCAUAGGAAAGCGGUGCGUGCGGCACAUUCGGGCGUAUGGGUCUUGGUUGCUACCCAAAGAGAGAGGUGCUACGUGCGUGCCGAGGGAGCUUGUGGCGAACGCCAUCACAGGACAGGCAUAGGGGUGGUGGUGGGGGGGUGUACUCAUGUAAACGCAUGCCGUAGUCGUUAGACAACUGACCUAGCAGAGCGAUUUUCCCCGACCCAGGGUAAGUUUAACAAGGAUGAACCAGAAGCUGAUAGUGUCAUCAUACCUGCGUUUGCUGUGCCGAACCAUACACGGGGGGGAGAAAUAGCGCACCAGGCGCGUCGUUGUUUUUGUCACAACCUGGCGAGGGCUGAUCCUUGAGGUAAACCUUUGGAGAAGGACGGUCGUUUUCACCGUCUUGCGGGAUCACGAAUGAAAGCCGUACUUUUUGUAGAUAGUUUUGAACAUGAACGUUGGCACAAUCACAAAAUCAAAGGUGUACGCCGGGCGUCAUUCGGAGGGUCCCCUAGCGUUGUGUCACGAUCACAAAAAUAGUCAGAGGUAGGUUACGCGAGGAAAUACCUUUCGGAGCGUCACCGAGCGUCCUCAAGAGGCUCGCGGUUUUGCAAACGUGAAGUCGUAGAGGGCGGGUAGAUGGGUGGAGGGUAUUUCUAGCGGAUGACAGCGAAGGUCUCCUGGCCAUAGUCUCAUGCAUAGUUAUCUCGUGAAUCAAGGUAUAGCUGGGCGUGAGUGAGUGUGGCCGUAUCAGCGUGAAACUAAAGUCGUUGGGGGACAGCGUUCUUGGGCGUUUUCCCCUCAUGGUGAGAACGAAGGCGUAGCUCAUACAGUAGGGGAAUAAUCUAAUCCCGUUUGUGCGGGAUGGCACGCCUAGUAUACUGCAUGCCGCGGUCGGCUGACUCAACGAUUUGUUAGAUGCUAGAAGCUUUGUUUGCGAGAGAGUUUUUCAUGUCAAGUUCUGGUGGGGGGAGGGCCAAGAGGAGUCUACGCGAAGAUGAUGUUCGCGGAGAGAUCCAAAGAUAGGGUGAAGGAAAGCAUCACAAUAAGCGCUCAAGUUUGUGUGCUUGUCUCUCUCUGACUCUUGUGCUUGCCGAUAGCCGCUUUUGCGUGGGGCAGGAAGAAACGCAGCUACAUAGCUCAGCCGAGGAUCCUA